UGUAAAUGCUCACACGUCACUCGUUCCUAUCUAAAAACAAAAACAGACCGUACAAAAUAUUUUAGCCGACAAAUAUCUGAUCAAAAUAAAAACAACAACAAAAAUAAAAAUAACAGUCGUAAUACGGUUUGAUACAGUUUGCAUAGGACAUAUAAGUGCUAUAAGUGCAUCUGUUUUUCAGUGCAAGAGACGCUCCGUCUCGUGCUGUCAGCACGGUUGCAUCGGAGUCUGCUAACUAGCUGUAGCCAAAACCGCUAACCAUUGGAAAACAGCACACAGAGCUGCUGGGGUAAAUGAGCGAGGGGGGCAGGGUGGGAGAGUAUAGCAGGCCCUGUUCAUCUUGACCAGGCUAAGAGAUGGAUGCAUAGUAAGGCGAGGAGUGUCCAAAAGAAAAAAAUGACAGCCCACAAGAAAGAGGAUUUCAUUUACAACUAUGGAGAAGCGAAUAAAGAAAAUACAUUAAUUUAAAAGGAAACAGAGAUGUAAGACACUUUUCCCAAAGUGGAUUAUGAAUGAAUAAAUAUUGAUUGAAAUGAAAUCAGCCCAUGGGAUUUGGAGGAACCAUCCUACUCUGGGAUGGUCAUGAACUGAAAAAAUGUAACCCAGCAAGUGGAAUUUAUUUUCACUGUAUGCCAGCUACAUGAAGCACUUAGAUGGCCUUUCAAAAAUGUGAAAAUGAAAUUGUAGCAUCACAUUUUUCUACCAGUCCAUUUGCACUUUUAUGGCACAUUCAGACUGAACCGUUCAUACCAGAAGUGAACUAUACACUGUAACUGUGAUUAUAUGAAAUCCAAGUGAACUAAACAAAGCAUCUGAUUAUGUGGAAUCCAUUGAUGGAGACAAUGGAAUCAGUUGUGCUCAUUCCAGCCAAGAAGUAAAAUACAGAUCUAAGGCAAAGUGAAAACAGACUUUUGUAAAAAAAAAAUACUAAUUUGUACCACAAUCAGUGCAAAAAUGUCCACUUAUUAUUACAUCAAUACUACGUCUGGACUACCUGGCCAAAGAAUGGAAAUUUGUUCGUUUUAAAGAAAACAUCAGUAGCAUGAAAAAUACUGGUGAAAAGGAAGAGGUGCCUUCUGAGGUUACUCUCUUUUAGUGUUUUUGCUUUUCCUUUGUCCAAUCACAAGUCAUUUAGAAAGCACCAUUUAAAUAGUAUUGCUGCUUACAGAGCAGAAGGUGUUGCCGUUGUGCACCCAUGUUUCAGUGACUGGGAAAUGUUCCAGUUUGGAAAAUACAAUGUGGACAUCAUAGAGAUGCUGAGUGGACACCAGGCCCAUCAGUUCAAAGGUCUUGGAUUAGAGCGCCAACUUCAACACCAACAGCAAGUACAGCUUCACCAGCAACAGCAGCAAGGUGAGACGUCUGGGGCAAUUUUAUCUGGACUUGGCUUAGGUCCUUUACAAGGAUCUAGAGGCAGUGCAUUUUCAGAUUCUGCAUCAAUUUUUGCAAAAAUGAGCGCACCUCCUCCACCUUUGCAGCAGCAAUCUCUUUCAUCAUCUCAGAGUUUGAGAAAAUCAAACAAAAUGUCUGGUAGCAGUAGUAGUGGUGGUCACGUGAGUGGUUAUCCUCAGUUUUUGCGCUCGUUUCAUCCAACUGAGGCAGCCCUUGCACAAGAGCAGUUGCACUCAGGGGUAGGACGAUUUGAUCAUUUUGCCAGCGGUAGUGGAGGACUGGUGUCAUCUGUUCCACCACCACCACCACCCCCAUUGCAUCCUGGCCUGUCAGUACCUCAGCCAUCACCUGGACCAUCCUCUUCCUCCCCAUCUUCAUCAAGUUCUGUUUCGACCUCCAAUAACCCCCCUAGUAGUAGCGCAGUAACUACCUUAGGUCAUCAGUUGGCAGGAUCUCAGUCUGAUGCACGGAGCCUCCAUCAACAAUUUAGCUGCAUGUUAGCCGCAAAUCAGUAUUUUCUUUCUGGAGUCCCAGCUAAUUCCAGUCUAGAACAAUUUUUAGUUCAGCAAGGCAGUCAUAACCAUCUUGGUCUUGGUCUGGGCCAAGCUGCAGUAGAAACAAGUUCAGCUCUUGCCCCGCCCCCUGCUCUUCAUUCUUCACACAGUCAUGGUCACUCAACCACUCUAUCACAGUCACAACAGACAACAGCACAACAGCAGCAGCUGUCACCUCACACUUUGUCCCAUCCUCACCCGCAUCCACACCACCCACUGCACUCUUCCUCACAGUCUUCCUCACUAGGGAGUUUCGACUUUCAAGGAAUCCCAGUACUUUCCUCCAACCAGCUAGCAUCUCUGAUGCAGCAGGAAGCCGGUCUGCCACUUCCUCUUCCUUUACAUCUUUCCUUAUCUAAAGACGAGGGAAAAUUGGAUGGUGCUGGAGGAGGCAGGAGAAAGAAAGCAAUGGCUGGGUACUUACCACAAAGAAAGGCUGAGAAUAACAACAGCAGUAACAGCUCUGCAAACCCCAACUCUAACAGUAGCACUUCAGGGGGACUCAACCAGGAUAAUACAUCAGGCAUGGAUGGUAGUGGGGCUGUCGGCUUGUCUGGAAUGGGUGAGCCUCCAUCCCACCUAACCUCCUCAUCCUCCACUUCUGUUGUCUCAUCAUUAUCAUCUUCUGCAUCUUCUACAUCAGCCUCAGUCUUGGUGACAAAUGGCUCUAAAUCAGAUAACCAUGGCUCCAUGGCAUCUCAGUCUCAGCCUGAACAAGAUGCUCUGUAUCAGUGUGGUGAGUGUGGCAAACAGUUUACACAUCUCUCCAGUCUUCGCCGACAUUUACGCAGUCAUGAAUUAACCACAGCUGGCACAAGUGGCACAAGAAGUAACAUUGUAAACCCUGUUUUGCAUCCAGCUGAUCCAAGUAUUCCUCACUCUGCUCAAGAUGUCUCACCCUCACCUUCGUGUGGCAGUCCUGACAAGACUUUCCAUUGUUCUGAAUGUGGCAAAGGUUUUAAAAAAAAGGGACACCUCCUUCAGCAUGGUGUUAUACAUUCUGGGGCCCGGCCCUAUGCCUGCACAACUUGCAGUCGUGCUUUCAAUCGUCGUGAGUCGCUCACCCGCCACGAAAAGAUUCACGAAGAAAAACCAUUCCGUUGUCCAGCUUGUGGUCGCUGUUUUCGGGAAAGUACUUCCCUUUUAAACCACGCUGCUUCAGGUACCUGUGGCAAAUCAGGCCGUACACCGAGACCUAAGCAUGAAAGUAAUAUAACUGAAAACAAGAGCAAUAAAGCUGGGGGCUCUCAAGAUGGAAUAGCUACUAAUGCAGCGGGUUCUUACCGGAGCGAUGGUUUCAGUGAUGACUACAAGGACCAACGCUCUCAAGGGAAUAUGUACUCUGGAACAUCUUCAUGUGGUGGUGGCAGCAUGACAGGGCCUGCACUUAGAAAGGCACCAUUAGCUUCUACUCUGCAUCCACACCCACAAACCCAAAACCAGCAUCAUCAUCAACAGCAGCCACAUCUUCCUCUUUCAUCUCUGUUGGAUGAUUCUGAAGAUGAUGUCACUAGUUCUGUCAACAGUGCCAUUUCUGCCAUCACUGCGGCAGCUGCAAAUUGUAUGAACAACGAACUUACUCAUAGUGGAGGUAGAGGGGAUGAUCGAAGAGAUAUCAUUGGUGGACUGCUUGGAGGUCUAGGUCUUGGGACCCUUGGCUCACCUAGUGGUCCAUCAACUGGUCUAGACAAGUCCUACAGAGCAAAUGCUAACCAGAGUGCAGUGACACUCAACCAGCAACCAGAUCAGCAUGCAUCUGUUGAAAAGCCCAAACGCCCCCGUAAACCCCGCAAGAAAAAAGAACCUGGUGCAGUUGGUACAGUUGAGGCCCCUAAAAGAAGACAGUCCACUCACAGGCCAGGAAGGCCUGGUGGUGAUGUUAGACCAUUUUUGUGCAGUGUCUGUGGUCGAGGCUUUGCAAGAAGAGAGACCUUGCGAAGGCAUGAUAGAAUACACACUGGAGAGAAACCUCACCACUGUACUGUCUGUGGCAAGUACUUCAGAGAGGCGUUUCAUCUCAGCAAGCAUCACACAGUGCAUACCGGCGAAAAGAACUACAAAUGCGUCCUGUGUGGAAAGGACUUUGGUUAUGCCCAGAGCCUUAAAAGACAUGGCAAGCUACACCAGAAAGGAGAACUGGAAGAAGUGCCAACAACACCAGGUGGAGAAAACCUCAACAGCUAUACAUCUUCUGGUGGCAGCUUGAUUCAGGGCAGUCAAGGCAGCUCUUCGUCAUUCUAUUCAUACAAUCAAGACGUCAAACCGCAGCCGUCAAAUACACAGCCCCCUCCUAGACUCUACACAUGUGCUAUAUGCUGGAAAUCGUGCCAUCACUUUCACUUGACUGCGCAUCACCAGACAGUUCAUGAGGGUGGUGGUGAAAAGCUGUUUUCUUGUGACAUCUGUGGAAAGGCUUUUGCAUACUCUAACAGCCUUACAAGACACAGGCUUUCUCAGCAUGGCUUAACACGGACUGGCCAGGCAGUAGCUCAAAGGAGCACGGGGGAAGAUGGCGUUAGUGGUUCAAUAUCUGAAAGCGAAGCCGCUACGAAUGCUUUGCUUCAGCUUGCGCCACCUAGUGGCACACAUGGCGAACAUCAGUCUCAUGGUGGAGUUCUUCAUAGCCAACAGGCUCCACCCCAAUCACAAGCUGGGUACUCCUCUCUCUUCUAUGUUCCUGAUACCAAUGUAUCGCACCCCUCUUCGUCCCACACCCCGACAUAUUCCCAUUCUAUGCCCCCAAGUUCCUCGCUGCCCCCUCUUUGUAACCAUCAGCAACAACACAACUCUGGGAUAAAGGGUGAGCCUAUUUACCAAACAAGUCAUGGGCAUACGCUUAAUACAAACUUACCUGUGCAUCCACUUGCCUUGUCUUUAACAGAGCCACAUCAACACCACCACAACCCCCAGCACCAUUCAGCAGAGAUUCAAUCUACACAUCACCCUACUUUUCAAAGCCAGGAGGAACUGAGGAGGCGCAAGAAAAAAAAAAAAAGACAGGAAGAGAGAGGGGAGAUAGGCUACAAACGGACCCCGGCUUCGAGGGCGGAGAGCGAACGAGUCCCAAUUGGGGAAAGACAGAAAAAUAACAGGAGGAAACUUUUAAGGAGGAGAGGGAGAGCAAUUGACAGGACACAUUGUAAAAUUAAAAAGCGCAUGGCUGUGCUAGUGCGAAUCAGGCGAGGAAGCGGAGGAACUGCUGUGUAUGAACUAGGCCUUCCAGGUGGACUGAAACUUAACCGUCUGCGUUCUCUCAAAGUUCCUCUGAAACGAAAGUCCUGUCCUCUUUGCCUUGUACCUACCUUCUCACAACAAGCAGCACUUAAAGUUCAUAUAGCAGCUAGACACUGUCCAAGAGUGAAUGGCCUUCAGCAUCGCUUGAGAUGUCCAGUUUGUGGAAAACAGUCUCGCAAGUUCCUCUCAGCUCUCAUUCACAGAAGCUCUCAUUUAGCCAACAGAGCAUUUUCUUGUAAACAUUGUCCCUGUCGUUUUUGGAAUGCAAUGCUCCUCACAAGGCACAAAAAGGUGUGUCGGGGGACACUGGCAAGUUUUAAAAAAGAGAGGACUCUUUGUGUAAAAUUAGUGAUGGGAUCAAACUACAGAAGAUUUGAGUGUAAAGGGAACUCUUCACCACUGCAUAUGGAUUACAGUCAUUGAGUCCUUGUGUACAUUUUCAUGUACAGAUGGAGAGUACAUACCAAUACCAACCAUUGGGAUUUUCAUUAUAAACUCUAAAUUGUACUGGAAUUCCCAUGUACUCAUUAAGUAUUUGUGUAUGUUAAAAGAGCAUUUCAUUUUUUCCUCAGUCAUGAAUUUCCUCUUGUAACUUGGUCCCCUCAACAACUCACAAAUGUAUCAAAGGCAUUUUUAAUCAAAUGUUUAGCCAGUUUAUCCCAUACCACACAGAUCUUCUGAGAGGAAACUCUUGUUAAUUUUGAAAUGACCCUUGGCUGGCAAUAGAUGAAGUUUUAGUGAUUUGACUAAUACUGUGCUUUAUUCUAACAGUAGUAGGCUGUUCCUCACUCUUCCUCAACAAAUGCUUUUUGUCUUUGAUAUAUAUUGUGUUGUUGCUGUUGACUUAGAGCAAGUGUGGAGAUGUGAUUUUGUUGAUGUAAAAAGUACAUUGAGUAGUGAAAGGAUAAAAGAAGGGUCCUGUUAUGAAAAUGAGUGUUUUGUUUAAAAAAAAGUAUUUAAAUCACUGCAUGUUGGACAUUGUUGUCCAUGUGUUAAAAGGUCAGUUUGAGUGAUAAGACUGUGAACUGAUGGUUACAUUGGUUACAACACCAAUUGAAAAUGUACUCGAGCUCUUAAAAAGAGGCAUUCAAAGAAACAAGUGAAUCAUAACACAUGCUGAUUAACAAUCUAUAAUAUCAAAGACAAUGGUUCAAUCAUUUGCCCUGUUUUGAUGUAUUCACUGUUUGGAAUGAAAACUAGCAGUAGAUGCCAGCACUUAAAAAAGUUUUCCAUGUAACUAGUCUAAGGACAAAAAAUGUACUGUAAAUGAAUCGACUGAUUAUUUGUCCUGGGCAAAAACCUUAUCAAAUUGAAGCAAUUUAAACUACACAUUUUAUUGUUAGUACAGUGUUUAUAGGGUUUAAACGCGGAAAGGAGAGAAAUAAGUGUACUGUAAUGUAAAUUGUGUCAAUAUUUUAUUAUGUUUUUUAAGGAAACCUCCGUUAUCUUUUUAAAAUAGCUACACUUCAGGUAGGAAGAGUGACUUUAGGAGUAUCACUUUAGAUCAGGUUUUGAUUAAGUGUAUUAAUGUGACACAGUCUAUCCACUUGCCAACUAUGAACGUAUCCCGUGUACUUUUCUCACCUUUUAUGUAGAGAUGCCAUACUACUUAUAGCCUCUUUUUCUUGAAAAGAAGAAAAGUAAUAAGUAUGUUUCUAUCACUUUAUUUACACAUAAGCUGUUUGUUGAUGAUACCCGAGCAUUUAAUAAAAUUUUAAAAUGUUAUAUCCUUA